AUGUCGGCAUUGGGAGCUGCUACUGCGCGAGCAGUCACCCGACGGGCGGCGUCUUCGUCUCUGCGUUCUCGAGCUCUCCGCCUUGCUCGGCCCUCAUACAGACCCCUCGCUGUACAGCAGACGUCCUCCCCACGAACAUAUUCCUCUCCCUCGGGAUCCUACCCCUCCACGAGAUCUACAGUGGUACAGUUGCUCAGUAAUAUUGGCUCCAAGAGAGAGGUUCAACAGUACUUGUCACACUUCAGCUCCGUAUCAUCACAGCAGUUCGCAGUCAUCAAGGUCGGCGGCGCCAUCUUGACCGAGCAUCUCCAGACCUUGUCCUCGGCCCUCGCGUUCCUCAAUCAUGUCGGUCUCUAUCCAGUCGUGGUCCAUGGCGCCGGGCCCCAACUGAACAAAAUCCUGGAGGACUCUGGCGUGGAGCCACACUUCGAGGAUGGAAUCCGGGUCACAGACCCCAAGACGUUGGGAAUCGCACGAGCGCUAUUCCUCGAAGAAAACCUGCGGCUGGUGGAAGAACUGGAACGUCUCGGUGUCCGAGCCCGGCCAAUCACUUCUGGAGUCUUUACCGCGGACUAUCUUGACAAAGAGAAAUACAACCUCGUGGGCAAGAUCAGACGUGUCGACAAGAGACCAAUUGAGGCUGCUAUCCAGGCAGGAUGCCUGCCCAUCUUGACGUCCAUGGCCGAGACAACAGACGGCCAGGUCUUGAACGUGAAUGCAGAUGUGGCGGCGGGUGAGCUAGCUCGCGCCCUCCAACCAUUGAAGAUUGUCUACCUCUCCGAGAAGGGUGGGUUGUUCAAUGGCGACACCAAGGAGAAGAUCUCCGCCAUCAAUUUAGAUGAGGAGUAUGAUCACCUCAUGCAACAGUGGUGGGUCCGACACGGCACCAGGCUGAAGAUUAAGGAAAUGAGGGAGCUCUUGAUGGAUCUGCCUCGCAGCUCGAGCGUCGCCAUCAUUCACCCGGCUGAUCUGCAGAAGGAGUUGUUCACGGACUCUGGCGCCGGUACUCUGAUCCGACGUGGCAACAAAGUCCAUGUCAACACUUCUAUCGACCAAUUCACAGACCUCGAGAAGCUCAAGGAAGUCCUCAUCCGCGACCGUGCCGGGCUUGAUGCCAAAGCCAUUGUGGAUCGCUAUAUCAAGUUCCUCCAGACGCGGGACUUCAAAGCUUACUUCGAUGAGCCGAUGGAGGCCUUUGCUCUUGUCUUGCCACCAAGCGGAGAAACAGCGUUGGCCCAGCUGGCUACCUUGACCAUUACCAGGAACGGCUGGCUUACGAACGUGGCAGACAAUAUCUUCGCUGCCAUCAAGAAGGAUUUUCCAAAGCUGAUGUGGACUGUCAAGGAGGAUGAUGAGAAUUUGACCUGGUUCUUCGAUAAGGCUGACGGGAGUCUCUCCAAAGAUGGCGAAGUCCUCUUCUGGUACGGUCUUGAGACGAGUGAUGAGGUUAAGGACCUUAUGGUCGAAUUCACAAAGCAUGGACGCCAGCUGUUCGGCGAUAUUAAUCUCGAGGCCAAGCUGCACCGUGCCGCCAGAGCGGCGUCCAAUCUGACCAAUGCUGGUCCUCAAGGAGUGACCCAGAAACGAACCUUCUCGACUUCGGUGAAUCCUUUGCGGUCAGCACGGCAAGCGAGGUAUGUCACAAAACCGGCCCUGUCUAUCCGCACAUACUCCACGACAAACCCAAACCCACCGCUUGGUUCCAAGAACAGCUCAAACAGCAAACCUUCAAGGGUGGCCCUCAUUGGCGCUCGAGGCUAUACCGGUAAAGCUCUCAUCGAUCUCCUCAGCCGUCAUCCGCACAUGGACCUACGCCAUGUCUCAUCGCGAGAGCUUGCUGGCAGGAAGCUUGAAGGAUAUGACAAGCGCGAAAUUAUCUACGAAAAUCUGACGGUCGAAGACGUCCGACAAAUGGAAGAGAACGAAGAUGUCGACUGUUGGGUUAUGGCUUUACCAAACGGCGUGUGCAAGCCUUUUGUUGAUGCUAUCGAUCAGGUCGGCAAAAACAGCGUCAUCAUUGAUCUGAGCGCCGACUACAGAUUCGAUCCGAACUGGACAUAUGGUCUUCCAGAAUUGGUUGACCGUUCCGCGAUCGCAAAGGCCACAAGGAUCUCGAACCCAGGAUGCUAUGCUACAGCCGCUCAGCUCGGCAUUGCCCCUUUGGUACCGUAUCUGGGUGGCCAACCCACAGUUUUCGGCGUCUCGGGGUAUUCAGGUGCAGGCACCAAACCUUCUCCCAAGAACGACGUCAACAACCUCACGGACAACAUCGUUCCUUACAGUCUAACAGAUCACAUCCACGAACGUGAGAUCUCCACCCAACUAGGGACACCGGUGGCAUUCAUUCCCCACGUCGCCGUCUGGUUCCAGGGCAUUCACCACACCAUCAAUAUUCCAUUGAACCAAGAAAUGAAGUCUCGCGAUAUUCGGACACUGUAUCAAGAUCGCUAUGCCGGUGAGAAACUGUUGAAGAUCAUUGGGGAGGCUCCACUCGUGAAGAAUAUCGCCAAAAAGCAUGGCGCGGAGGUUGGUGGGUUUGCUGUGCAUAGCAGCGGGAAGAGGGUGGUGGUUUGUGCGACGAUUGACAAUCUUUUGAAAGGGGCGGCAACGCAGUGUCUUCAAAACAUGAAUUUGGCUCUUGGCUAUGGGGAAUACGAGGGCAUUCCGCUCGAAUAG